GGAAGUGGGUCUCAGCUGUGCGGCGUUAGCUCGGGGCUAAAGCUAAAGCUAAAAACAGUUUGUAAAAUGUGUCCGAAGUCCGAGGUUCUGAAGGUUCUGAAGGUUCUGGUGUCGGAGCGACUCUCUGCGACCGCGGAGCAAAUCUGCGCGCUGCUCGAGAGAACCUUAGAGGAAUAUGAAGAAGAACUGCGCCGCUGCAAAGAAGAAAACCAACGGAACCAGCGGCUCCUGGACGCGGCUCUGCGGGGCCCGAGCGGCGCCGCGGCGGCUGUUCAGACCCAGAACCAGUCCAGAGCGACGGAGGAAACCCCCGAGAGUCGACAGAUUAAAGAGGAGGCAGAGGAGCCGAGCGUGAAACAGGAGGAAGAGCCGCUCCCGGAGUUCACCGCCGUGUGUGUGAAGAGCGAAGAGCCGUCCUCGCUGCUCCGACCGAGACAAACCGAGGCCCGAGAGGAAGAGGAGCAGCCGGCGCGCGCACACGGACACUUCCCCUCGCGCGCUGAUCCGCAAACCGACUGCUCCUCUGACACGGACGACGAUGAAGACUGGGAGGCUCCGGCCGCCGCUUCCACCGCGCGCACAGAGACGGAGGAGCACGGAGAGCGCAACGAACGAACGCCGAGGACAGACGCGAGUCCGGCCGCGCACAACUCGGGUCUUUUCGGCAAAUCCAAGUGCGGAGCGGAGCCUGGGACGGCGGGAGCGGGAGGAGGAGUGGAGCGGAAAUAUGAGUGUUUUGUUUGUAAGAAGAGAUUCGCGUCGAAACUACAUUUAACGAUCCACAUCAGGGUUCACACGGGAGAGAAACCUUACAGCUGUUCGGUGUGUAUGAAAACAUUUGCCCAGAAGGGAAACCUCACGGCGCACAUGAAAACUCACACCGGAGAAAAACCUUACAGCUGUUCCAUCUGCGAGAAGUCUUUUGCCCGGAUGUCGAUGCUCAACCGACACAUCCAGGUCCACACUGGAGAUAAACCUUACAGCUGUUCGGUGUGUAAAAAGGCCUUUUCGCAGAAGUUCGACAUGGACGUGCACGUGAGGUCCCACAGCAGCGAGCACUUUUACACGGGGCUGGGAGGGGGCGGGGCCUCGUGGUUCGGGGGUGUGGCCUCAGUCCAGACUGAACCGAUGGAGUGUGUGGAAAUGCCCCCGCCCACACUGUGACGCGACUGUGGGUUUGGAGUCAACUCUGUCUGCUGUAGAACACUUCGAAACAUUAAACAAACCUUGUGGCCCCGUCACACUUCGGCGAUUUAUCCAGCGUGUGCCGACGUGUGACAAAUCUGGCAAAUACGCUGGUGUACGUCGGAUAAGUUAUAGAUGAGUUUUCAGGGCAGCUGCGAGGUCUUAAAAGUCUUUAAAAGAAUCCGUGUGUCGUUCGUUCAUUUGUUUUUCAAUAUAAAACCAAAAAUAAGAAAAAAAAAACAAAAUGAAAAAAUGGAUAAUGAUUCUUUUUUUCAGUUUUCGAUUUUGUGUUUAAAUGAAAAAUGGAAAAAACGGAGAACGACCGUUUCCUGUUUACGUGACGUCCGUGACUAUGAUGUCGGACUUUUGCACCACAUACAGACUGAACCAGGACUGAUCCAGGUCCAGACCGGGACCAGACCGGGACUGAGACCAAGACCAGGCCGGGACGAGACCAGGACCAGACUGAGACUGAGACCAGACCGGGACCAGGCCAGAGGCUCAGAGCCCACAGCAGGGCCGGAGCUCGAAGCUGAGGCUUGUGGACCCCGCGAAGGCUUGGAGUCAAAGCUUGGAGUCUGCUCUGGUCCCGCUCUGGUCCUGGUCUGGUUCCGGACCUGGAUCAGUCCUGGUUCAGUCCGGCAUCACAGUCACUGAAGUCACGUAAACUGGAAACGACCGUUCUCCGUUUUUUCCAUUUUUCAUUUAAACACAAAAUCAAAAACUGAAAAACCAAAUCAUUAUCUGUUUUUUCAUUUUAGUUUUGGAGACAAAUAAUGAAGAAAACUGUUUUUUUUAAUCAUUUUCUUCUUUUUGGUUUUAUAUUGAAAAACAAAUGAACGAACGACAUGGAUUAAAAAGGUCUUAAAUUUCAUGUUCUUUAAUUAAGGCCUUAAAAAGUCUUAAAUUCUGUUGUCCAAGUCUGAUUUUUUUCACAAAGGUCUUAAAUUUCAUUAGCCUAUUUUUUUGUUUACUAAACCGGGCUGUGGUGUGAUGUUUAACGAAGAGAAGAAAAAAAACAACAACGUGAAAUAACGUAAACUGAAUGAACGUCUAAUUUGGAGUUUGCACAAACAGUAUUUAGGUUUUUGGCAACGAGUAAAAACAAUCAAUUCCAUCUGCAGUCUCAACGUUCUUAAUAAGUUACUAAUACAUUACUUUCACACCCAAAAUUGAAAAAAAACCCCAAAAAACAUCGAUGUGUGUGCCAGCGUUUUAGGGAAAGUUUGUUACGUUGACUUAUGUUGGCGAAAUCGUCGAGGUGUGACGGGACUUUUACAGGUGUCCAGGUUUAACCACAGCUCUUUGUCUGGUUUUGUUUCAUUGUGUUUGUUCAUAAAGGCUCAAACUAAAACCUGUCAUUGACACUUUUACUGAAUUUGUCCCAGAUGAAGCUGCAGAGAUUCAGCUCGAGGAGAUUUACAAACGAAACUGUUUUUUCCAUUA